UAAUAGUAAUCAAUCCAUCUGUAUAGUAGCCAUGUCAAAACCUAGUCUAUUCAACCAGUAUCCUAUAACAACCCUUCCAAGGAUACCAGAUCUUGAAUUGUCUCACAAGGUGGUGAUUCCUAACAUAUCUUCCAUAGACACUCCUGUUAUUGAUUUAGGGAUUUCCAAAUCAACCAUUUCGAGUCACAUAAUAAAACCUACUCCUAAAUUAGUAUGGUCUUAUGCCUUGAGUCCUUCAUCUGUUGUUGAUUGUAUGGAUGUGAUUAAUGAUCGAUCUGUAAAGUAUUAUGCUGUGGGUAUAACUGAACGUAAGAAGUCUAGAUUGUUGAUUUUAGAAGUAGCAACAACUGACGGUGUUAACGAAAAUACUUCAAGUACAUCCAAGGAGAUUGAAAUGAAGUUGGAAAAGAAAAUAGUGGCAAUUAAGUUUGUUAAUAAUUCUGAAAACUUAGUAAUUGUUUAUGAGAAUGGAUCUGUUGAGUUAAUUAAGUAUUCAAAUGGAGAAUUAACCACCGAUGAAAACAAAUUAAAGGGAACUAAUGCCAAGAGUGAAGUGAUUAUCUUUUCACAUUUCAUCCAAGAUUUGGAGGAUAGUUUGUUAUUACUUGUUUCCAAAAAGAAGUCUGAGUUGAAUUAUAGAUUAAUUGCUAUAAAUCCCUCAAGAUCUAUUUUGGAAGUGUCUUCAGGAACCAAAUCUCAUACACUGACCAACACUUCCUUCUGUUACAAUUCAGGAAUAUUAUAUCAAUAUCAAAGUAAACAAAUUCAGUCAAUCAACAUAGCAAAUUUCAAUACAAUCACCACAGUUUCAGUUGAACUGUUGGUUGAAGAUAGUGAAGUAUCAAUCCAAUCACCAGCACCAGAUCGUAUUCUUUUGGGUCAUUCAAACAUGCUUCAUUUGAUUAAUUUUAAAUAUUCCGCAUUGCUAGCAUCUUUUAAAUCAUCUGCUAGUUCAUCCCACCCUGUUCCUGAUAAAGUAUUUAUAAAUCAAGUUGUUCAAGUCAAGGGUAAUUCUCAAAACACCAACUUUUCCAUGGCUAUUUAUUUGAAUUUGAGAAACAAGAAUAACAAUGUUUAUCUCAAUGUCAUUGAUAUCAAUGUUGGAUUGAACAAGUUGAAUGAAUGCUUAGGUAAAGGUUUGACUAGACCAAAGACUGAAUUACAUGAUUUGGUUGAUUUGAUCAAUUUGUCGGAAAUUAAAUCCAAUGGAAUUACCAAGGAUGAAGUGGCUGAGGUUUAUCAAUACUUGAAAGAAGCCAAGGAAGAACAAGAUUUGAAUAAAUGGGAAUCUGUUCUCAUUCCAUAUUUGAAGAAAAAGAAAACUUUGGAAGCUCUUAGAACUAUUAUUGCCAAUAAGGAAUGGGAACACCUUCCAUCAAGUAAAGUUUACAGAUUCAAGGAAUUUGAUGUUGAUCGUGAUCAUAUUGUUGAUAUUAACUUUGUUGAUGCUGUAUUAGCAUUAAUUUUUACCACGGAAGGUGCACAGUUAUCCUAUGUCAAUGAAGAUUUUGUUCCGGAAUAUACUUUGAUGUACUUAUUAACUAACCCAAUCUUCCCCAUAAAGUAUACUACUGGAUUACUACAAUUAUUUAACAAAUCUCAAAAUUUCACUUUAUUAAGACAAGCAAUUAACACUUGUGCUAAUAUUCCAAGUUUUGAUUUGUUAACUCAAUUAGUUAACAUCAAUACUGAUAAACUUACCUUGAAUGACUUGGUCAACAGACUAAUUGGAGAAUUUUCCCGUCAGGAAAUCACCCAGUGUUUCAAAUCAAUUCUUGAAACCAACAAACAAGCUACCCAAGUAGAAACAGAAGGUGAUGAAGAACACCAACCAAUUAACUUAAUUCACAUUAUCAAUAGAAUGCUUGAAUUGAAAGGUCAUAACGGAUGGUUUAUGAUUGAAAUUAUAAUUGAUGUUGCGGGCUUGUUCAAUUGGACAAAUGAAAACAUCAACGAUUUGAAUAAGAUUAUCACCAACAAGAUUGAGGCUUUAACAAUCAAUAGUUACAAUUUGACUUUAGUUAAUCAAGUGGUUUCUUUGACCCAAAAUAAGAGCAGAGCAUCAAACAAAAAGUUGUUGCAAACUGACCAACCUACCAAUCAAUUGGAUUCGAUUUUGACUAUGAGUAAUCAAAACAACAACAAGAAGUUAGAUGAGACUGCCAUUGAAAUAGCUCAAAGAAUUCCUAACUAUUCGAUCGAAACCUUGGAAAUUUAGUCUUGUAUAGGUAGAGUAUAGUGUGUAUGUUAUAGAUAACAGUUUUUUUUU